AUUCGGCCAAAAAAAUUUUUCCUAUUCGAUUUAAUUUCAAUUAAAAUUUUAUUAAUAAAUUAAAUAAAUAUAAUUUUUAUUUAUAAAUUCAGUAAAUAGAAAACAAAGUAAUUUCGUCGCUAAUUCCCGAUGUAUUAACGAGGAAAAUUAACGACGAAAUAUCGAGGAACAAUUAUCGAGGAUUUUACGUGGAUUUACUUACGAUUCUAUUACGACGAAUUAUUUUCGUGUUUCUUACGUUUUUAUUACGACGAAUUUAUUUAGAGGUUUUUGCGUGUCUUUUACGACGAAUCAUUUACGAGUUUCUUACGAGGAAGCACAACGACCGCGUUACGUGGAAACCCCACGUGGUCUUUACGACGAAAACUUAAUUCUUCUUUACGAGGAAAAUAUAACCUCGCUAAUUAACGAGGAAAUGGCGACGAAUCUUCUCUUACGACAAUCAUAUAACGACGAAACGCCUUUCAUCGCCAUUUCCUCGUAAGCCUUCUUUUCCGAGGAAAUAACGACGAUUUUGGCCGUCGUUAAAUUUGUGUUUUCUUGUAGUGCGUGCAUUAUGUCUAAUUUAUUUAUUAGCAAAACAAAGUACGCUCAUAAAGCUGAUAAGAUUCUAGGGACUAGGGGGAGACGGGGAGUUAUAUGAACAUUAAAAUCUCGUGUAUCAUUUCUGAAUCUUUUACUCCUUAUUAUGUAAAAGAAAGACGUGCAUAAUCUGAUAAAGAGGAUUCCCUGAAUGAUAUAUAUAUAUAUACUAUUGAGCAAAAGAAAGACGUGCAUAAUCUCACCUUGCCCAAUAAAACAUUAACAAUCCUAGUAAUGGACAUCAUGACUCCUUUUCCUCGCAUAGAAAUGCGUUUAUAAAUAAGAACAAUCGCGCAAAGCUAGGUUUCUCAUUCACAAAGUCAAGGAUCUCCCUCACAUGGAUUCUUUCGACUUGCCUCACAUUUCAUCUUUUAAGGUUUUUGAUUCAUCUAAAAUUUGAAAAAGAAAGCAUUUGUAUACUCUCUAGUAUAUGAUAGAUUGUUUGAAUGCAACAGGGAGGAAGCGAAUUAUUUCUACGGGAUGUGUUUGAGAACAUAUUGAAGACGUACUUAAAAAAGAACCCAACAACGAAAAGAAUAUGGGAACUGGUUCAGUCGGUGGACAAUGAGAAGAUUUGCUACGACCACUUCACUUUCAUGACACUGAAGAUCGAAGGUUAUGGAAUAGACUCCAUGUCCAGUUUCUUCAUGGAUAAUGGAUAUAAAAUAGGAGGUGGGCUUGAUUUUCCAAAGAAGAACCUGCGAGGUCUCUGGUUUUCCCCUCCCGAUAUUAAGAUCCCUGAGGAUGGCCACGGCCUAAGUAAUGGACCCUUACCCCGACUUGUUAUGGGUGAGAUUCUUGUGGACGAAUUAAGCCCUGCAUCACAGGAAAUAAUCAGGAAGUAUCUGAAACCAGCAGGAGGCAAGCAAGCCCUUCUGUCAAGUAUUCUUGGGUCCUUAAUAUGGGAGAAGCCAACUUGGAGCGAAUUUAAGCACAUUGCCGAAGAAAACGAAUUGGCUGCUUGGGCGUUUAUCAACGGCUACACAAUGAACCAUCUUGCGUUUUCUGUUCAUCGACUUAAACACCGUUUCAGUGACAUCAAUUGCAUCAUACGUUAUCUAGAGGAAAAUGGAUUUGAUCUCAACCAGGACGGAGGAGUUCUCAAAGUGAGUACUGAUGGGCUACUGCUACAAGUGUCGUCACUCUCGGAGCAGCUUCCGGUAGAAUUUUCAGACGGCAUAAUCAAAUCGGUCCCUGCUUCAUACAUUGAGUUCACUGAACGUCUCGUUUUGCCACAGUUCAAAAAUCUGCCUCAUGAUCAGAUUAAAGAGAUCCAUAGACGUGAAGACUUUGCACUCAAUAACGCCGACAACAUUUUAGAAAGCUCCCGUUUUAUGUCAGAUGUUUAGAAUCACUUUGGUUUGGUCCAAUCAUGUAUGAAACAAAAAGAGUAUUAAUAAGCUUGGUUUUGUAUGUUAUAAGUAUUAUGUUCAAUCUGUGUGCCUUUCUUCUCCAUGAAAACGUGAGUCUCAUGUUGAGUAAUGAUUACUCAUUGUGAAUAUAGCUUGGGCUUCGGCAAA